GCAUGGCGUCAUGGGCAUUUCUCUUUUCCAUUUUUGUUCUGCAACUUUGGCGAUCCACACCAUUGAAAUUUUGGGAAAAGGGGAAUACUUUUUGUAUAUUAAACAUUAUCAAGUGACGUAUCUUUUCAGCGCCGCAGCAUUCAGAAACGAAGCAGAAGCAAAUUAUAUUAUUAAAGCGGCACCACUACUUCGCUUUCUCUUUCUCAUCAUCUUCAUUGGGUUUUCUCGUUGUUCUUUCAAGCUUCCAAGCAUGUCAGGUAUAGCACGUAAAGGCAUCCAUUACUUGCAGAGACUAAAUGCUUCAAAUGUAUCUACUGCCAUGCUAGAGAAAGGUCAAAACCGUGUGAUAGAAGCUUCCCUUACACUUAUUCGCGAAAGAGCAAAGCUUAAGGGAGAACUCGUGCGUGCUCUAGGAGGGGCUAUAGCAUGUCCAUCUCUUCUUGGAGUUCCUUUGGGACAUAAUUCAUCAUUCCUUCAAGGGCCUGCCUUUGCACCUCCUCGCAUUAGGGAGGCCAUUUGGUGUGGUAGCACAAACUCUUCAACCGAAGAAGGAAAGGUAUUAGAGGAUCCACGAGUGCUUACUGACGUUGGUGAUGUCCCUGUCCAAGAAAUUCGAGAUUGUGGAGUAGAUGAUGACAGAUUGAUGAAUGUCAUCAGUGAAUCUGUCAAGCUAGUGAUGGAGGAGGCUCCAUUACGACCCUUAGUUUUAGGUGGUGAUCACUCAAUAUCAUAUCCAGUUGUUCGAGCCGUCUCUGAAAAACUUGGAGGACCGGUUGAUAUUCUUCAUCUUGAUGCACAUCCUGAUAUCUAUCAUUGCUUUGAAGGAAACAAGUAUUCACAUGCUUCUUCUUUUGCCCGAAUCAUGGAGGGUGGUUAUGCCAGGCGACUCUUGCAGGUUGGUAUAAGAUCAAUAACAACAGAAGGGCGCGAACAAGGCAAAAAAUUCGGGGUUGAGCAAUAUGAAAUGCGAACAUUUUCAAGAGAUCGUGAAUAUUUAGAAAGCCUGAAACUUGGUGAAGGUGUGAAAGGUGUAUAUGUCUCAAUAGAUGUGGAUUGUCUUGAUCCUGCUUUUGCUCCUGGAGUGUCUCACAUCGAACCGGGAGGUCUCUCUUUCCGCGAUGUUCUCAACAUCCUACACAACCUUCAAGGCGACAUUGUUGCCGCAGACGUGGUUGAAUUCAAUCCGCAACGUGAUACAGUUGACGGUAUGACUGCCAUGGUAGCCGCAAAGUUGGUGAGAGAACUGACUGCCAAGAUUGCAAAAUGAUUAAAUCUUCAAUGCAAUCCUCAUUCCUUUAAAUAGCUUCUAAGAGUGACAUUGAAUUUUUGGUUAGUUUCAUUGAAAUCAUUCAUAAAAGGGUUUACAUGUCCUUGUGCUUUAACUAUGAAAAAAAAUGUGUGCAACACACAAUACAUGUAGUUAGUUCUGUGCAGAACAUGUAUGUAAUAAGUAGAUUGCUACUCCUUUAUUGUUAGCACAAACAUAUUUAUAUUUCUGAGUUUAAAUGUUUGAAAAACUAUAGAAUAUCAA